UCUCACUAGGUGUGGCGACCAAGAUGGCGGACCGAGUGGUUGUGACUUCCUAAAGAAGGUUGAAAUUAACGAUAGAACAGCGAUAUAGAUUCGCUUUUUUUUUAAAGCCUAAGAAAACGGAAGUUGAGUUUGGAGUGGUGGAGUGUUAUCUAAAGUGAAGACGUGAUAGAAGAUGGACGACUACUGCUAUGCUAAGAUGGCGACGUCCGCUAAAAGAGAACAUGAAAGAGAAUCAACUUCCAGCAAAUCACCAACGGAGAUAAAGACGAAAGAUGAAGACGUCCAGCAGCUGAUUGGUCAUCCAGAAGAACUUCCCUCUCAGUCAGGAGGGAGCUCCACUUUGAAGCAGGAGGCUUCACAGCCCCCUAACAUUAAAAAGGAAGAAGAGGAACUCUGCAUCACUCAGGAGGGAGAGUGUCUUCUAGGACGAGAGGAAGCUGAUUACACCAAGUUUCCACUGAGUAUUCUCUCUGUGAAGACUGAAGAUAAUGAAGAGAAACCACAACCAGACACCCUCUUAGCUCCACUAUCAGAUAGUGAGGCUGAAGACGAGGUUGAAGUGACGUUGAGCAGCGAUACAGACUGUGAAGGUGAUAUGAGGACUCACACUGACAACAAACACUCUGAAUGCUCUACAAAGAAGUGCAGUAAAAUUAUUUUGAGGUGCUCAGUUUGUGUUAAAAGUUUUACGAAAAAGAGCAAUUUGACUCAACAUAUGAGAACACACACAGGGGAAAAACCAUUUAAAUGUUCAGUUUGCGGUAAAAGCUUUUGCCAAAAGGGCAAUUUGACUGAACACAUGAGAACACACACAGGAGAAAAAACAUUGAAUUGUUCAGUGUGUGGUAAAAGCUUUUCUCGGAAAAAUUGUUUGACUCAACACAUGAGAACACACACAGGAGACAAAAUAUUUAAGUGUUCAGUUUGUGGUAAAUGCUUUGCUUCCAGGUCAGGUUUGACUCAACACAUAAUGACACACAAUGGACAGAAAACAUUCUGUUGUUCCAUUUGUGGUAAAAGCUUUUUUCUAAAGAGCAAUUUGAUACAACACAUGGGAACGCACACCGGAGAGAAACCUUUUAAUUGCUAUGUUUGUGGUAAAAGCUUUUAUAAAAACAACAAUUUGACUGAACACAUAAGAACACACACAGGAGAAAAACCACAUAAUUGCUCUAUUUGCGGUAAAAGCUUUUCUCAAAAAAGCAGUCUGACCCAACACAGGAGAACGCACACUGGAGAAAAACCAUUUAACUGUUCAGUUUGUGGUAAAAGCUAUUCUCGAAACAUCAGUUUGACUGAACACAUGAAUGUACACACAAGAGAUAAAGGAUUUAAUUGCUCAGUUUGUGGUAAAAUCCUUACCAAUAAGAGCCGUGUGAUUGAGCACAUGAGAACGCACACAGGAGGAAAAAUAUUUAAUUGUUCAGUUUGUGGUAAAAGCUUUUCUAAAAACAACAACUUGACUGAACACAUAAGAACGCACACAGGAGAACAACCGUUCAGUUGUUCAGUUUGCGGCAAAAGCUUUUCUCUAAAGAGCAAUUUGACUCGACAUUUGAGGACCCACACAGGAGAACAAAACAUUUAAUUGUUUAAUUUGUGGUAAAGACUUUUUUCCAGACAAGAUUUGGAUCGACAUAUGAUGAAUUUCACUGGCAAAAGAACGUUUGUUUGGUUUGCAGCAAAAUAUUAAAUCAUAAUGCAGGCAUAGUAAAACACAUAAGAACACACAGGAGAAUACCUGCUCAGCUGGUUUAGCUUGCCCCAAAGCAAAAUGUUUGUUUACAUAUAUUUGUUUUUCCAUGUUAUGGAAUUAUAUCUGUUUGUGUGACGUCACGAGGGUUCACUUCCUGUUCUAUGUA